UACAGCAAGACCAGAACAUGGUGGAUGGAUCAGCUAAUAGAAUAUCCCACAGAGAAGGAAAUGAAGCUUCAGAGAUACAUUCAGUCUUUACAUCAAGAACUACAAGUGGCUCACCAGAGCAAAGUAUCACUGCAGGAGGCACUGACUGAGACCAAUAAACAAGGCUCUACAUUUGAUGGCAAUAAUUUAGUUUUUAUGAAUGAAAAAUUGGAAGAUGCUUUACAAGAGAAACAGAUUCUUACUGAAGAUAUUGAGAAACUUAGAGCUGCAGUUGCUUAUAAUGAAGUAUAUAUAACUGAACUAGAAGAAGAAAAGAAACAAUUAGAGGAAGAGAAGAGACAAUUAGAGGAACAACUUAUGGAGAAACAGAUCACUAAAGGUACCGGUAUGGCUGAUCCAGUUGCAUUAAACACUCAUAGAGCACGAAGAAAUCUCACUGUUCCUGUUUCUCCUUCAAAAAAUCCUACUACCUACUCCUCCUCCUCCACUACAAUUACUGAAGCUACUGCAUUAUCCACUGGAGGAGCUAGUAUAUCAGCUACUGUUGAUGUUAAUAAAGUAAAGAAUGUGAUCGAUGAUGUUCUUGUAUCUCAUUAUGCUGAUCUUACUUCACUGCCAAUAGAAGCUGUCCCUGAUCUUGCCAAUCAAUUAUUUGCUCUUCGUUUGGUCAAUAAUGCUGUUAAAGACAAUCCUUCAAUAAAGAAGUGCAUUGAUGAGUUCAAGGCUAGUCUUAAAUUUAUGAGGAAGUUACCUCAAGUGGAGGAGCACUGUCAAAAGUUCUUAAGCUCAUUCAUUGCUGUAAGAGGCAGUUAUGCUAAUGCAGCAAUAGCUUUAGGUGAGGGCUGGAUUGAAGCCAUUAGAAAUGAACUGAGAUUUGAUUUUAAUAUUAAUAUUGAUACUUAAUUGCUGUUUUGUUCGAUUGCAACAUUUGAUAAUUUGUAUUGGUUUGCUGUUUUAGUGAUUUUUAUGAACUUGA